AUGGACCGUUAUGGUAGAGUCCCUACUGCUGAGGAGUUCCAAUUUUUGCAAGAUCGAUUUGGUUUCUUACUAGAGCAUGGUGUAAUGAUUCUGGCACAGGGAGUAUCGAUCUACGACCGUCCUCCAGGGAAAGUUGGGCAAAGGCAAUGGCUUUGGGUCCACCGGAACCUCUUGGGGCAUGGGUAUCGUAGGAAACUAGACUUUUCCAACCGUCUCCCCAAGUUGUUUGGGGGCAAUCUGGCUCUCGAAAAACGGCUGGGGAUUGUUACUGUCUGUGAAGAAAACUGGGAAGACUUUAUUCUUUCCGCAGCCAAUAUGAGUGCCUCCUGGAGGGCUCAUAGGAAGAUGAGGUACGGAGGCCGAGAUUUCUUUGUAGAUGGCCCUGUGUGUCACUAUCAGGGCAAGCUUUUCCAUCGAAAGAUCGAUCUCGCAGAGGUUCUUCCUCCUCCUGUUUCUGAAAGAUGCAUGGGGGAGCUUGUUAGGCUGCUCUUGGUAGAAAAGGGAAAUAUGGGUUCUAGUGGACCUACGUCACUUUCUCAGCCAACCUAUACGGUCGUUUCCCCAGUUCGUUUGCCAUUUUGUGUUCCUUCUGGUUUGCCUGCAGGUGUACAAGAAGGAAGAAGUAAUACGCCUACUCGGAAAAGGCGGAGCUUGCGUGUAGUGCCAUCAUCGAAUGAAGAGACGGAAUCUGACAAUGCAGGUGUUCAUCUUCGUAAAUCUCGUAGGACUGUGUCUGUGGCAAGGCUUCUUGGUGGUAUCGGGAUAUUCUCGGUGGUUAAUUUUCUAUACCUGAGCAGAGAGAGGUGGUGGUGGUGCCCAGUUCUCCUAGGGCCUCACCCUCUCGAUCCCCUGGUUCACCCUUGGUUAAUCCUGGUUCUGACUAUGUAUCUAAGAGUGUGCCGAGUUCUCCUGGGGGUUCUCUUCAAUGUGAGAACCCUUCCUUGA